CGGUUGCUCUUUGGAGUAACUUACUUCAGUUUUAUUGAUCAAAUCAAGUUGCUUGUUGUGAGGAAUCAUCGGAAAAAUCAUUUUAUUUAAUUAAUUGUUUCAACUGGUUUUCAUUUAUACUAAUCUAUUAAUUACUGUGUUUACCAGUGAUCACACUUAAAUUUUUCAACAAUGACGGAAAACAGUGGUUCAUUGAACAAUGAGGUUACCAAUACCAAAAAGGAGCCUUCCUUAAAGGAAUUGGACAAUUAUAUUGAAAGUCUUAUGGAAUGUAAACAGUUAACGGAAAAUCAAGUUAGAUUAUUGUGUGAAAAAGCCAAAGAGAUUCUUUCAAGGGAAAGUAAUGUACAAGAGGUUAAAUGCCCGGUAACUGUUUGUGGUGAUGUACAUGGCCAAUUCCAUGAUUUACAGGAGCUAUUUAAGAUAGGAGGAAAAUCUCCGGAUACAAAUUAUCUAUUUAUGGGUGAUUAUGUCGAUCGUGGGUACUACUCUGUAGAGACUGUAUCAUUGUUAGUGUGUCUUAAAGUCCGUUAUAAGGAAAGGAUAACCAUUUUAAGGGGUAACCAUGAGUCACGACAAAUCACCCAAGUAUAUGGUUUUUACGACGAAUGUUUACGUAAAUAUGGUAAUGCUAAUGUUUGGAGGUACUUUACCGAUCUUUUCGACUACUUACCUUUAACCGCUUUAGUUGACGGUCUGAUAUUCUGUCUCCACGGAGGAUUAUCACCAUCUAUAGACACAUUGGACCAUAUUCGAGCUCUUGAUCGUUUACAAGAGGUUCCUCAUGAAGGACCUAUGUGUGAUCUUCUUUGGAGUGACCCAGAUGACCGAGGAGGAUGGGGUAUUUCUCCUCGAGGAGCUGGUUACACUUUUGGACAGGAUAUUAGUGAAACAUUUAAUCAUACUAAUGGAUUAACCUUGGUAUCUCGAGCUCAUCAACUAGUUAUGGAAGGGUACAACUGGUGCCACGAUAGAAAUGUAGUCACCAUUUUUUCCGCACCUAACUAUUGUUAUCGUUGCGGUAAUCAGGCAGCCAUCAUGGAGCUUGAUGAUAGUCUCAAAUAUUCCUUCUUGCAAUUUGAUCCUGCACCUAGAAGAGGAGAACCACAUGUUACUAGGAGGACUCCUGAUUAUUUCCUGUAGGUUGAGAUGAAGAAAUAAUAAAAACCUAAAAAACAAAAGCAUAACAAAGCAAAAUUUGAAGAUUAUCUACCUAGAAUACUGAGCAACUUCAACGUAAAAUCAUCGGAAAAUAGUUGAAAGGAACCGUUUGCAACAUAAUUACAUUAUUAUUGCAACCAGAAAAAUCGCAAGCAGCAGCAUCGAAACAUCGCUGAGUUUUCUUUUCCCUAUGUUGCCGUUUUUCAAAUUAACUAAUUUUCAAUUUCAUUCAACUAAUUUGGAAGCCCACCCUUCAUCUAUCACCGUUUCUACUGAGAUACAAUGAGAAAAAGAUCUUUCUGUUCUCUUCUCUUCUCUUUCUCUUUCUCUCUCUUUUCCUUCUCUAUUUUUCUUCCUUCUACCUUUCUCUUUCAUCUUCUUUUCACUACCAGCCAAGUGCUGGUGUAUAAAAACUAUCACUAAUAUUGAAAAAACAAAUCCUCGCAACAAAAGAAAAUUAACUCUUCACUUUGUUCUGAGACUCUAGUUAACUAAAUUUUAACAACCUAUUCAA